AUGCGAAACUUUACCGCUGUUUUCCUCGUGUCAAUACUUUUACUUGCAUUAGUUGCUCAACCAAUUCUCGCCGCCGCGGCAAACGAAAAAAACACAACAUCUGGUGGUAAUGGUAAAGGAGGAAAAAAUGAAAAUAAUUCCACAAGCACCACAACUGGAACAUCGAAAUCUAAUUCCAAUUCAACAUCAACCCCUCAAAUGUUGCAUUUGUUGCUUUGGGAUACGGAAACAGUUUCGCUUUCUCGUAUUCACCCAAUAUCUUCUGGCGUGGAAAUUCCCAAUUUCACGUUUCCGACAUCAUCAUCACCACAACAAAACACCGAUAAUAAUACAAAUACCAAUAAUACUCGCAAUAAUGGCCCAGGAAAUCUUCAUUUCGUGCUUUAUCAGACGCCAGGACAAAAUGGAGAACCGGCAAUGUUUUUCUUUACUCCAUUUUACGUAGAUCCACAAGAACAGAAACCUCGCGCAUCUGAAAAAGCAAUGAAUAAUUUGCCAAUUAUUGAAAUAACUCAGAACGAUGAACAAUGCCCAGUUUGUUUGGAUAAUUUUAUUAAAGGACAAAAGCAAGAGGAACAACAAACUGAAAAUGGUGAUGAGAAAAAGGAAAAUAGUGAUAAAGAAAAAGUAGUUCGUGAGAUGCCUUGUAAACAUUUAUUUUGCGAGUCUUGUUUAUUUGAAUGGUUACGACAAAAUAAUACUUGUCCAUUAUGUCGAUUUGAAAUCGAGUCGCAAGAUCAAGACACUUCAACAGCACCAGAUAUUAAUAUCAACCCACAAGAACAAACACCUUCACCUCCACAACAAACUCAUGAAAAUAAUGAUAAUCAUGUAAACUCAUCAAUACCGACAGCCUCAUCAAGACAAUCACAACCUCGGACGAGGUACGCGCAGCAUCGACAUCCUUAUUAUCCAACUUCACGCACCAAUUAUCGCCAUUCAAAUCAAUUAACGAGCUGCUCACUGGAAAGAGUCGGAUGUUGUGAGGAAAAUAAUCUUAAUCAGCAACAACAUACACCAAUAAUAACUCUACCUCAGUGUCACCAUCGUUUCCAUGCUGCUUGUCUACGGACAUCUUUAUUAGUGGAAGGAUACUCGUUAGAGACCACAUCACCUUUGUCAUUCAGAUGUCCUUCUUGUCGUGCUUCUGCUAAUCUAGAGAUCCAGCUUUCAAGACCCUGA